ACCACCGCUCUGUUUUUUAUGUGCAUUUAUUUUUGCUGAUGUUUGGUUGCCUUGAUGUCAGUUUUUAGUGUGCUGUUUUAAUGAACCCUUUUGUUGAAACAUAUUGCACUAUGAGGCCGUCCCUUAUGCUCUGGGAUUUAUCCUUGAGCUGCCAGAUUGGAUAUCAGCUUUUCCAAAGAUACCGGCGUCUAUUGAAAAACCAUCCAUUGAGUCCACUUUUACAGCUGAAGGUGUUGGAGCCUGAUGGGAUCAUCGUCCAGUGUCUGAUACUGCUGUCAUCUGGAAUUUGGUUCGUUUUUACAGCCCAGUGCGUUGGAGCAUGGUGGGAUUAUUAUCUAAUGCUUGAAACUACUGCUAUCUGGUCGAUAUACCAUCAUGAAAUAGGUGAGCAUAUUGCAGAGAUUGGCACGGGGCACCAUGCAUGGCAUUUAUCACCACCUGGUGAAAAUUAACUUUCGUUGUACAGGAAUAUACAACAAAUGAUAAACAAGGCAUCGCUAUGGCAGACACCACAAAGCUGGAUCCAGACUAUGAGUGCCCCAUUUGCUGGAACCCUUACAAUAACACCUUCCGCAUUCCCAAACUCUUAACAUGUCACCAUUCCUUUUGUUUGGAGUGCCUGGCCCGUCUGAGCUUUGCCACUCAUAUUCACAACCGGCUGCAAUGCCCACUGUGUCGCCAAACCACAGCUCUCCAUUUAGAUCAGACGGUUACGAACUUACCCAACAACACCACCAUACUGGGCCAGCUUAAGCUAGAGCCAGAGAGAAAUGGACUAUGUGCUAGAGACUCUCGGAGGCUAAAUUUCUUCCAACGGCCACCCUCCGUCUAUACCCUCAACAUGGGUCAUGACACGGGGUCCAUAGACGAAACUUACCAGACGGACCUCCAGCCCACAUUAACCACUAUUCCCUCAGAUGAAUCUACCUGGCAGUGUUUGCACAACCCUCAGUUCCGGAUGUUUUCUUACCUCAUGAUUACUAUGCUGGUGGUGAGCUUGCUUCUAAUAUUUUCCAUAUUCUGGACCCGCAAGAUGUUUUUGGGACCAGGCUGACGCAAAUCAGCGGCAUGAUGAUACUAAUGUCACAACACACCCCUACUGCUAUCCAGCUACAGCCUGCGUGGAUUGACAAUGUGGACUUUCCAUCUGAACAAGUUGAAAAA